GUCGCUGAAUGGCUUUGGGGGAGUGGAGUCAACGCGUUGAGUCGUGAUUCGAUCGAAGGUGAAGUUGCGAUUCGAGUGUGUGCGUCAUCCGACCUCCGCCAAAGCUCCGCCAACCCGGAAUCAUGAGAACCCAUUUACCACAAAUUUGGUUUUAGUCGCCGAUUUGGAACACUCUGCUGCAAUGGAAAUGGCGAUGAAGAAGGAGGAGGAUGCAAUGGAGAUGGUGACUUUCACCGUUAUCGUAGACGACAUUGUCUUUCCCGAUGGCCGCACCUCCAUGGCCUGCCUCGGCGGUGGAGGACCUCAAACUGCAUUUGGAGCGUUGCUUUGGUUAUCAAAUGGAGAAAGGGUGGGACUGGCAGCAGGAAUAGGGACAGAUUUUCCAGAUUCUUGUAGAGAUUGGCUCAAAACAACGGGCGUUGAUAUAGGUGGCCUUUAUAUAUGGCCAUUCCCUACUCUAAGAGCGUGGCAGGUCAGUACACUGUACCUGAUCGCAGUGAACCUUUGGAUGGAUCUACUCAGAUUUUGGAGGACGAUGGCAAACGUACAGAGGUGUGGAGAGUACCUGUGGGUGAUGAAGUGUGGGAAAUGCUGCGACCAGAUCUCAAAUCGCUCCCCCCGCCUUACCAAAAGGCAAAGACGUACCAUGUAGGAGUGCAUCCCAGUGGACUUGACGUUCCCUAUAUUCGGAAUCUAAGAAACUCAGGUGCAGAAAUUGUCAGUGUUGAAGUCUACACUCAUGCCGAGGAGGUCAUCCCUCGUUCUGAGCUUCAGGCCUUGGUUUCAGCUGGUCAUAUAUUCUCUCCAAAUGAGAGAGAGGCGAUUUCUCUGGUUGGACCUGGGCCACCUUUGGAACUGAUUGCGCGGCUGUCUGAACUGGGUGCUGAGAUUAUUGUCUUACGACGGGGACAUCUGGGCUGUAUGGUGCACAGGUCGGACACAAAAGAGACCUGGGAUGUACCAGCGUUUCACACACUAAUCAACGAAGGCAGUAAUGAUGAUGACACAAACCGGACAAAAGUGCAAAAAGCCAGUCUCGAAGGACUGGACGUGAUGAAUAUUCUGGAUCCCACAGGAUGUGGAAAUACGUUUUGUGGCGGUUUUUUAGCAGGAUGGUACAAGACUCGGAAUCUGCUGACUGCAGCUUUGUGGGGUAGUGUUUCAGCCAGCUUCAUGUUGGAGUACGAAGGCGUUCCUCCACCUCGGGUCUCUGAAUGGAGAAGUGUAGCCCAGCUGCGUUUUGAUCGUCUCCGACCAUAUGCAAAACAAAUUUCUUCAAAUAAAGAUCACCUUUUAAGGUCUUCACAGUUAAGGUGUGAGCAGCCUAGAGCAUAAUCUGUUUGAUAAUGAUGAUGCCUUGGAAAUGGUGAUGUGAUGUCAUCAACCAUGGAUUUCUUCCUGGAGCGGCACAAAUCGGGAGUCAUGCUCAUGACAGAGACGACAGCCUCCCCGAAGCAACGGUAUCGACAAGAAUCAGGUGCCUUGUUCAGGUUUAGAUUAGGUUUUAAGAGCAGAUAAUCUGGUGAAAACUGGUGUGCUGAAUUUGGUUUUCAUAUUAUGAGGGCACUUGUUGAAUUCAGCAUUCGAAUCGAGUAAGUUCCGAUUGGACUUUCCAUCCGCUGAAUACUCUUGCCUAUUGUUGUCUAUUAUUGAAAUAAUUAAGCUGUAAAUUUUUUUCAUGGAAA